CGCUGAACGCAGUCUUAAACAAUAUGUAGUCGUAUUUAGUCGUUUGGUCAAUAUAACAUUACAAAAAAAACAAUAAAUAUACACACAAAUAAUAUAACAAAAACCUAAUAAUUAUCUAACAUUAUUAUUUUCUUCUAAACAAUACGUGACAGUUUUUUAUUCAAGUAUUAAAUUAAACAAGUGAAUUAAAUUCUCAAAAUCCGCUAAAACAAAUAUCGGAGUUUACACGAGUACAAUAAUAAUAAUAAUAAUAAUAAAUAAAAAAACAAUAAUAAAAAUGUUAAUAAUAAAGCCUAAAGAAUGCAAAGUAAAAAAUAUUUUUAUUUUUUUUAUUGUUCUUCUAUUAGGCAUUAAAAUUUGUAGAUAAAUUUUUUAAAUAAUUAUUGGAGUGAUUCUUUUUUUUUUACGUCAUAAUUAUGAAAAUUAUUAUUAAAUAAUUUGAACUUUUUUUUUUUUUUUAUAAUACACUGUAGCAAUAAUUAUGUAAAUAAUAAUUUUAUAUUUAUAUAGUGCAUUUGUGCGUGAGUGUAUUUUGUAUAAUAUUAUUUAUAAAUUUUUUUUUUUUGUUAUAAAUAACAAAUUUUUUUAUAUAAAAAAAAAAAAAAUAAAACGAGUAUCGGGUUAAACGUAGAAUUGCGCGUGGCUCCAUCUUUAUCUUCAUACAAGCUGGCUUCAUUUUUUCUUAAUUUAAUUUUUUAUUUUGCUUAUUAAGUACAUCAGUAAAUGAAGAGAAAGAUUAUCAUGUCUUUCGUCUUGAAAGUUUAAUUAUCAAUUAAUAAAUUAAGUAAUUUCGAAAAAAAAUUUUUUUUUCAUGGUGAAAUUUCGAAAUUGUGAGUAUUAUUUAUUAUUUAAAUAAUAUAUGAAUUAUUUAUUUAUUUAUUUGUUGUUAUUUAUUUUUUUAACUGUAUAAUAUUUACCCUCAGCGUCUACCGGUAUUUUUUCAUUUAUUUUUUUGAUAUUUUAUCUUAGAGGGUGUCUUUUCAUCAUGUCUGACUAUAAUUGUUUUUUUCUACUUAAUACUAUUUUUCACCAACGCGACAUUAAUUUUCCAAUUUUAUAUAUAUCAAUUAAUGUAAGCAAUUUUUUUUUAAAUUCUAAAAUAUUUUUUUUUAUAUAUAUAUGCAUUAUUUAUGCACAUGUGUGUGCAGAAUGAGAAACAGUGGUGCUUCAUUGCAAUAUACAUGAAGAGCCAAGAAGCAAAAUGUUCCCUGAUUUAAUUCGAAAAUAGAAUAUUAGCAGGUCUUCAUAGAAUAUUUAAAAAUGUAUAAAAUUAUUAUAAAUAAUUUUUUUUUCAAAGCAUUAUUAACAAUUGAUAAUUUAUUAACAAAAAAAAAAUUAUUAUAAACAUUAAAUAAUAUAUUUUGUGUUUAUUUUAAAUAUCUAUGAAAAUUAUUUUAUUAUGUGAGUAAUAUUUUUGCUUAAAAAUAUAUUUACAGUUAUUUAUUUUUAUUACACCAAUAGUAUAAAAUAAUAAUAAUAUAAAAUUGAAAUAAAUGGAUAAUAUUUUAGUGAUAAAUAAAUGAAAAAAAUUAACAGAGACAAUGCAUUUGAAUUCAGACGAAAACAUGUUACCAACACUUGUGUUUUAUUCUUUGUAUUUUUAUAAUUUAUCAGAUGAGUAUUUGUAAAAAUAGGCUUUUCGCAGUUUCCCUGUGCUUGGUUUAUAUUUAUAUACGACCCUCGUGUCUCUAAUGUAGUAAACAAAGUUUCAAACGAGGCCGCUUUUUACGUUACGUUGACGAAAAAAAAAAAUAAAUAAAUCAAAAUAAAAUUUAACAAUAUAUAAUAAAUGUUUGUUUAUGUUUCAGGUACCUGAUGAAAAAUAUAUCUACUAAAUUGAAAGAUAAACAACAAAAUAAACAAAUACUAAAAAAAAAAAAAAUAUAUAUUUCAAAUUGAAAUGACUAAAAAUCAUGGCGAAAUUUCGUUAUAAAAUAAAAAAAUUAACAAGUGUUUUUGAAUCAAGUAAUUGUUCAGCAAAAAAUAAAGAUGAUGAUGAUGAUGACGAUGACGAUGAUGAUUACAAUAACAUAUUCAUCAUCGUAAAUUUAAAUCAAAUAACAAAUAAUUGUGAAUAAUAUUUUUGAAGUUUAUCAAAAUUAUCAUCACGGGUCAAGGUGUGGAACUGGCACAAUUUUUUUUUGUUGUUAUUUUAUUGACAUUUUAUUGUCACAAUACAACUGCAUCGACAAUUAAAUCAUCAUCAACCCCAACACCAACAACAACAGCAACAACAGAAUUAUCAUCAACUUAUCUGAAUUUAACUUUUUCUUCUUCUUCUUCUUCUCCUCCAACAAGUGAACUAAUUAAUAAUAACAAUAAUAAUAGUAAUAAUAAAGUAGUUGUUGUGUGUAAUAAAAGUGAUAAUUGUGAUAGUAGUGGUGUUGUAUUGAUGACAGUUACCGUGCCGAUGUCAUUAUCGCGAAUUAAUAAAAAACAGCCGGGCACCGAUGGUCGCGCAAAGACACGCCCGUUGGGCCCGACUUAUAUACAAAAAAAAAAUUUUACUCUCAUUGAUAAUACAACUGAUGAUAGUGAUAAACAAACGAAAAGUAAAAAUAAAAAAAAAAAAAAAACUAAUUAUUAUAAUAAUGAAUAUUGUUGUUAUAAUAAUAAUAUUAUAAAUGCAACAAUAUUAUCAACACCAUCAACACAAAAUACCUCUAUGGAAGCACUGAAUGCAAGCAGGUAUAUAGUGGUUGUACUAUUAUUGGGAGCACUUAUUGGAAUAAUAGCAGGAUUGUCAUAUCAUUGUCGUAAUCAACAUUUACACGAAUUAACAAAUGACACAAUAACAAGUAAUAAUAUCCAUCAACGAUACCAUCGUUAUCGUUAUCAUCAACAACAAAAUUAUUAUCAUCAACAAAAUAAUUAUCAUCAUCAUUAUCAUCAUCAUCAUUAUUAUUAUUGUCAUCAUCAUUAUCAUCAUCAUCAUAGACAUCUUCAAGAACAAUUAACAUCACAACAGCAUCAGUCAUUACUUGAUGAUAAUCAUCAUACAUCUUGUAUGCUAAGUGUAAGCACAGGUAUGGACGUAAGAGGUGGAAGUCAUGUUGGUGGUCCAGACGAUGGACCAACAACAAGAACAGAUGCUGUAAGUUCAAGAUUGCGAGCAAGGGCAACAGCCCAUGACCAAGAUAUACGAUCAGCUGAUGUACAACGUAAUAUUGAAAUUAAUUAUCCACCAAUUAUUGAACAUCCAGGUGGUGAAGAUUAUUUUGGUCAAAAUGACAGAAUACAAUUACGAGAUACCGAGCAGUAUGAAGAAAUACUUCGAACAUGUGUCAGUGCCCCACCAAAUAAAACAGUAUCAGAUGCACAAAGUCCACCACGAUAUAGAAGUAGAUCUGGUACAUUUGAUACUGCUGAAAGAUUACCACAACCACACAGUGUAUGCAGAUUAAAAAGAAAUUUUCUUAAAAAAAGUUUAUGUAAUAAUACAAAUAAUAAUUUAACAACUGGUACAACAACAUCAACAACAACGACAACAACAUCAACAACUGUAUCAUUGUCAAGACUUCAAUGGAAAUUUGGUUCCAGUAGUAGUGCUAAUAAUGUAUCAAAUUUACGAGACGAAACAAGUAGUCAACAUCAUCAUCGAGAAAAUAUUUGAUGUUUUAAAUAAUAUCAUUAAUUUAAACAUCAGCUAAACUCUCUGUGAUUUUGAAUGAAAAAAAAUAAAAUAAAAAAGACGUUAUUAAAAUUAGAACAAUGAUAUUUAAAGAAAAAAAAUAAUAAUAAAGUGAUAAUUUAAAAAAAAAAAUUGAUGAAAAAUAAUAAAGCAAAAGGGACCGAGAAAGAGUGGAAAUUAUUAUUUUUUUUUUUUCAUUUUUGUCAUCAUCUUGACUUAAAUUGAAUAACAAAAUAAAAAAAAUAAAAAAUAUUAAAACAAAUUUCUUAUAAUGUUAUUAUUAUAAUAAAAAUUUCUCGAGGACCUGGAGGAGAUCCUCAAGACUGACUCGGAUCGAUAAUUAAAAAUAAUAA